AGGAAGUCUCCACCUCCUUCCCUGCCCUCUGUUCUAGGGACUCCAGCCACUCGUACUUAUAUCGUUUCCUCUCAUUGCUGUGGCUGGUGCCAAAGAGCUUUUCCACCUAGAGCUGCAAAGUGAAACUUAUUUACAGGUGCAAUGCCUUGCCCAUCCACAUCAGACGAGUUGGUUUUCUUUGUGAACGGCAGGAAGGUGAUAGCGAGGAAUGUGGACCCAGAGGUGACCCUGCUGUCCUUCCUACGAAAGAACUUACGUCUUACAGGAACCAAAUACGCCUGCGGAAGAGGAGGCUGCGGGGCCUGCACGGUGAUGGUGUCCAGGCAUGACCCAGCAUCCAGAGAGAUAAGACAUUUCUCCAUCACCGCGUGCCUGGUACCUGUCUGCUCUCUGCAUGGAGCCGCUGUCACCACUGUGGAAGGUGUUGGGAGCAUCAACACUAGGCUUCAUCCCGUACAGGAGCGGAUCGCCAAGAGCCACGGCACCCAGUGCGGAUUCUGCACCCCUGGGAUGGUGAUGUCCAUGUACACGCUGCUGAGGAACCACCCAGAGCCCUCAGAGGAGCAGCUCAUGGAAGCCCUGCAGGGUAAUCUAUGCCGCUGCACUGGCUAUCGCCCGAUCCUCGCAAGUGGAAGGACCUUCAGCAAGGAGUCAUAUGGCUGUCAACAGAAAGGAACAGGACUGUGCUGCUUGGAUCAGGGAGAAAAUGAUUCUUCCUCACCCAGCAGGAAAAGUGACAUUUGCACUGAAUUAUUUGCGAAAGAGGAGUUCCUGCCCUUGGACCCGACCCAGGACCUCAUAUUUCCCCCAGAACUCUCGAGAAUGGCGGAGAACUCAGAUGAACGAACCCUGACCUUCCAUGGAGAGAGGGUUACCUGGAUAUCCCCUGGGACCCUCAAGGACCUCCUGGAGCUGAAAGCAAAACACCCCGAAGCCCCUCUCAUCCUGGGCAACACCUCACUGGGACCUGCAAUGAAAUCUCAAGGACACUUUCACCCAAUUCUCCUCUCUCCUGCUAGGAUUUCUGAGUUGAGUUUGGUAUCUAAAACAAGUGAUGGACUGACAAUAGGUGCUGGGUGCAGCCUGGCCCAGGUGAAGGACAUCUUGGCUGAGAGGGUUUCCCAGCUCCCAGAAGAGAACGCUCAGACAUACCGAGCCCUCCUGAAGCACCUGAAGAGUCUGGCAGGUCAGCAGAUCCGGAAUAUGGCGUCCUUAGGGGGACACAUUAUAAGCCGGCAUUGCUAUUCAGACCUGAACCCAAUUCUGGCUGUGGGCAACACUACCCUCAAUCUGAUAUCAAAAGAAGGUAAGCGGCAGAUUCCUCUAAAUCAGCAUUUUCUUGCUGGGUUGGCAAGUGCAGACCUUAAGCCAGAGGAAAUCUUGGAAUCUGUGCAUAUCCCUCACUCUCAAAAGUGGGAAUUUGUGUCGGCCUUCCGACAGGCUCAGUGCCAGCAAAACGCCUUGCCCGAUGUGAGCGCCGGGAUGAGAGUCCGUUUCAAAGAAGGCACAAACACCAUUGAGGAGCUGAGCAUCGUGUAUGGAGGGGUAGGGGCUGCCACCAUCAGUGCACAUAAAUCCUGCCAGCAGCUCGUAGGCAGGUGCUGGAAUGAGCUGCUGCUGGAUGAGGCAUGCAGGCUGGUUCUGGACGAAGUCUCCCUCCCAGGCUCAGCUCCAGGUGGGAGGGUGGAAUUCAAGAGGACUCUCAUCAUCAGCUUCCUCUUCAAGUUCUACCUGGGAGUUUUGCAGGAACUGAAGAAGCUAGUAAAGCUCUUCUCUGUGCCUGACAGCCAUCGUUAUCCUGAAAUUUCAGAGCAAUUCCUAAGUGCUCUAGAAGAUUUCCCUGUCACAAUACCCCGGGGAGUCCAAACAUACCAGAGUGUGGAUUCUCACCAACCUCUCCGAGAUCCAGUUGGCCGCCCCAUCAUGCACGUGUCAGGUCUCAAACACGCCACGGGGGAAGCCAUGUUUUGUGAUGACCUCCCGAUGGUGGAUAAAGAACUUUUCAUGGCUUUGGUGACCAGUACCAGGGCUCAUGCAAAAAUAAUAUCAAUUGAUUUGUCUGAGGCCCUUGAAGUUCCUGGUGUGGUUGAUGUGAUAACAGCCAAGGACAUUCCAGGCACCAAUGGUGCUGAAGAUGACAAAUUAUUGGCAGUAGAUGAGGUUCUUUGUGUGGGCCAGAUUAUCUGUGCUGUGGUUGCAGAGACAGAUGUACAGGCAAAGCGUGCAACUGAAAAGGUUAAGAUCACCUAUGAAGAUCUGGAGCCCAUAAUCUUCACCAUCGAGGAUGCAAUAAAACAUAAUUCAUUCCUCUGCCCUGAAAAGAAACUUGAACAAGGAAACAUUGAAGAGGCAUUUGAAAGAGUCGAUCAAAUUGUUGAAGGAGAGGUCCAUGUUGGAGGACAGGAGCAUUUUUACAUGGAAACACAAAGAGCACUGGUUAUUCCAAAGACAGAGGACAGAGAACUGGACAUUUAUGUGUCAACACAGGAUCCAGCCCAUGUGCAGAAAACAGUCUCCUCCACAUUAGGCAUCCCCAUCAACAGGAUCACCUGUCACGUAAAACGAGUGGGAGGAGGUUUUGGAGGGAAGGUUGGAAGACCUGCUGUAUUCGGGGCCAUUGCAGCUGUGGGCACCUUCAAAACGGGUCACCCCAUUCGUCUUGUUCUUGAUCGUGAAGAUGAUAUGUUAAUAACUGGAGGAAGGCACCCAUUAUUUGGAAAGUAUAAAGUGGGAUUCAUGAACAGUGGGCGGAUCAAAGCUCUGGAUAUCGAGUGCUACCUUAACGGAGGAUGCACACUGGACGACUCGGAACAGGUAACAGAAUUUCUUAUACUAAAGCUGGAAAAUGCAUAUAAAAUCCGCAACCUCAGGUUCCGGGGCCGUGCCUGCAUGACAAACUUACCGUCGAAUACAGCAUUUCGUGGAUUUGGCUUUCCACAAGGAACCCUGGUAACGGAAUCUUGCAUCACAGCUGUGGCAGCCAAAUGUGGCCUUCCGCCAGAAAAGAUUAGGGAGAAAAACAUGUACAAAACAGUGGAUAAAACCAUCUACAAACAAGCAUUCAACCCUGAGACUCUGAUACGAUGUUGGAAUGAAUGUCUGGACAAGUCGUCCUUUCAUAGCAGAAGAAAGCAAGUGGAAGAGUUUAAUAAGAAGAAUUAUUGGAAGAAAAAAGGCAUUGCUAUUAUCCCCAUGAAGUUUUCAGUUGGUUUUGCUGCAACAAGUUACCAUCAAGCAGCAGCUCUUGUUCAUAUCUACACAGAUGGGUCUGUAUUGGUCACACACGGAGGCAACGAACUGGGGCAAGGCAUUCACACCAAAAUGCUUCAGGUGGCCAGCCGUGAAUUACAAAUACCCAUGUCUUACAUGCACAUCUGUGAAACAAGCACAGCCACGGUGCCCAACACAAUUGCUACAGCGGCCUCCAUCGGGUCAGACGUCAAUGGCAGAGCUGUGCAGAAUGCUUGUCAGAUCCUCCUGAAACGCCUUGAGCCCAUCAUUAAGAAAAGUCCAGAAGGCACAUGGGAAGACUGGAUAGAAGCUGCAUUUGAACAAAGAAUCAGUCUUUCAGCCACUGGAUACUUCAGGGGCUACAAGGCCUUCAUGGACUGGGAGAAGGGGGAAGGAGACCCAUUUCCAUAUUAUGUUUAUGGAGCAGCCUGUUCUGAGGUUGAAAUUGACUGCCUGACUGGAGCUCAUAAGAAAAUCAGAACAGACAUCGUCAUGGAUGCAUGUUGCAGCCUAAAUCCAGCCAUUGAUAUUGGGCAGAUUGAAGGUGCAUUUAUUCAGGGAAUGGGCCUUUAUACCACUGAAGAGCUGAAAUAUUCCCCAGAAGGUGUUCUGUACUCUCGGGGCCCAGAUGAAUAUAAAAUUCCAACCAGCACUGAUGUCCCAGAGGAGUUCAAUGUCUCCUUGUUGCCUUCAACGCAAACCCCACUAACCAUCUAUUCAUCCAAGGGCCUUGGGGAGUCGGGGAUGUUCCUGGGGUCGUCUGUGUUCUUCGCCAUUGCUGAUGCCGUGGCCGCGGUGCGCAGAGAAAGAGACACGGCCGAGGACUUCACAGCCAGGAGCCCAGCAACACCGGAACAGGUUCGGAUGGCCUGUGUGGACCGGUUCACAGAGAUGAUCCCAAGAGAUGACCCUAAGACAUUUAAACCUUGGUGUAUACCUAUUGCAUAACACUGUUGUCAUUUUCUAAAAGAUGUUUCAGUUUUUCACAAGUAAAAGAUGGCUUGUUAAAUUAAUCCUCACUGGACUCCAGACAGAUGCUCUUACACUGUUGUGGGGAAAAAAGGACACAACUUUCAGAAACAUUACUCAAGUAUGACUACAUUAACAAGAUGAAUCAUUAGUUACAAAUUAUUUACUUAGACUUUCCAACCUAAAUAUCACCAGAAACACAAGUGUAGUGCUGAUUUGUUUCUGGAGAAAUCACAUCGAUGUUGCUGUAAAAGCAAAUUUUCCUUCCAAUCUAACAGGACUGGGAAUACAGGUCACAAUCAUAAAAUGAAAGACAUGACUCAGUAGAUAAAUCUGUGAUUAUUUUUCCAGUGAUGUAUUUGAUUCACAAGUAACCACAAAGCAGCAAAACCACAAGAGUUCUAUAAGGUUGUUUAGUUUAGGUUAGUUUUGUUUUUACCAUGGAUUCGCUAUGGGUCUGUGUGUGUGUGUGCAUUUGACAGCAAAGAAGAGGUCUUUUCCUCACGAAGAUCUGCUGUUCAACUGGCUAACAUUCUUUGGAAUUUGAAAAAACAAUUUUAAAACAUUUCAAUGUAUUAUCAAAAACCUUUUCUUUCCAUUUUUUAUUUGUCAAGUUUAUGAACAACAUCUGAUCUGGUAUCAGAGUUGCAGAAAUACUCCAUGGCUCAGUUUCCCAUACAUCAAAGUCGGUAACACGGAACAAAAGAAUUAUAAAUUGUAAUCGCCUCUAUGUUUGGUGUUAAACCAUGCAGGAUCCACCGAAUUCCAUUCAUCUGAGUUGUAGGGGACUUCAGAGGGGGAGAAACAGCAAGUAUAUUAGGUCAGAAAGUCAGGGAGUAAACUGACACUCCAAAGCCAGAAUUUACGUGAACGGCGAGGAAUGAGGAAGGCGAGGCGGGGUGAGCGCGCGUGGCUACUGGGGAGAGAAGGUGCGACCAGGCAGGCGCGCAGUAAGGCCGGCCUGGCGGAGGCUGACGCCAGUGUGCUCGAAGGGACCUGGGCGCAGCUGGGCACGGGCCGGUGCGCUGACUUUGGAGGCCCCGCGGGAGCACAAGGCGGGAAGCCGAGCUCAAAGAGAAAGGAGACGGGAGCAGAGGGUCAUGGACAAGCCAAAAAUUACGAAAGACCCAUGAGCAGAAAAGCUGGGAACCCAGAGGGAGUGGUCGGGGUGAAACGAGUUGCAAGUCAAAAAAAAAUUUUGUGCUCUUUUGAAAAUAAAAUCCUUAACUCUUUAAUCUAA